GUAGCGUACGACAAUAUAUAAACUCAGAUCUUCAAACAUACUAUGAUACCCAGCAUUUUAACUACAAGACUAUAUUAGAAGAUGUCUCCACGCCCUCCCCUCAGCCACGAUGACUACACAGUUGCCUGCAUCUGCCCCAUGAGCGUGGAACAAGCACCCGUUGAGGCUCUUCUUGACGAGAUCCACCCCGACCUACCCACCAGCCGCGACAAGAACAACUACACACUGGGAAGAAUACAUAGACACAACACCGUCAUCGCCGUCUUGUCCGAUCCUGGAAACAGCACUGUAGCCUCAGUGGCUACCCAGCUGCUGAACGACUUCCGCUCCAUCCGGUUCAGCCUUCUCAUCGGCAUCGGGGGCGGUGUUCCAGACCUAGACCAUGAUGCUGAUAUUCGACUUGGUGAUGUGGUCGUCAGUAAACCGUCAGGGACGUUUGGUGGGGUUGUGCAGUUUCUCAGGGGCAAGUUACUUCCAGAAGAUCGGUUCGAAAGGACGGGGGCGCUGCAGCGUCCUCCAGAUGUGCUAUUGGCUUCUGUGGCAAGGCUUGAGACACUCCAUCGGCGGUUGGAUAGUGAGAUUCCGAGAUAUUUGGAGGAAAUGAUCCAGAAGUAUCCUAAGAUGAGACAGGGCGGUUAUGUCCACCAGGGAGUGGAGAAUGACAAGCUCUUCCGUGCGGAGUUUCAGCAUGUUGCUGGGAAUGAUUGCAAGAGCUGCAAUCCAGAUGAGGCUAUCGAGCGUGAACCUCGGUUGGACCUCAACACGGUAAUUCAUUACGGGACUAUUGGAUCAUCCGAUGCUGUUAUCAAGGAUGGCCAAGUGAGGGACAAGUUGAGAGAUGAUUUGAAGAUCCAGUGUGUGGAAACGGAGGCUGCUGGUUUGAUGGCCUCUUUACCUUGCCUGAUUAUUCGUGGUAUCUGCGACUAUGCGGAUUCACAUAAGAACAACAGAUGGCAGCCUUAUGCCGCUGCGACGGCAGCUGCAUAUGCGAAGGAGUUGUUAUCCUUAGUUACAACACUGGACAUCCCACAGUGUAUCCAGACUACGCUACAUUUAGGAGCUGUGCAUAACUUUCUGAAUGAAUAUGUUUCCGGAGAUGUCGUCGGUGGAGACAAGUUCCAAGACCUCGCUGUCCGUAGUAUUACAUGA